CGCACAUUGAUGACGUUUCACUGGAGAUGGCGCCCAGUUCGCGGAAAGGGGCUGAUGGCGGCGGCUCCUUUAAGGGGAAAGGUUUCCCUGGCCCCAGCGGACAGAAAUCAAAACAAAAGCAUCGGUGGAGAGCGAAUCACUUUAAGAAAGGCUGGGGCAGUAUUAAAGAAGGACAAGGCUUUGCUUUCCAACAAAAGAAUAGGAUUAAGCAUGAGUACAAGAAGUUACUGAGAAAAGAAAAGAAAGCACAGCAUCCUCAAGAAAUACAGUAUACUGAGAAUUACCCAGAUCAUUUGCGCCACCUGUAUCUAGCUGAAGAAGAGCUGCUUAAGAAACAAUCAGAGAAAGCCAAAAAGAGCCAGACUGUAGCAAUAAGUCAACCAGACUCCCAAGCAGAGACAACAAAAAAGGAAAAGAGUAAGUCAUCAUAUCAAAAGUCCAAAGAGGAAUAUGAAAAAAGACAGGCAGAACAUAUAAAACAGAAAGAGGCAGCUGAAGAAAGGCAACGAGCAAAGGAAGAGGCCCAGAGGAAAUACAAGGAACAGAAACUAGAGAAGUACAGAAUUCUCAGCAAAAAAACAAGAAAAGGACAGCCAAACCUGAACAUACAGAUGGAAUACCUGCUUAAAAAAAUACAAGAUAAUCAGGGUAUAAAAUAAGAUAACAUCCUUCUGACUUCAACAGUGGCACCAUUUUGAUCUCUUAGUGUCUAAAGUUUUUCCCUUAAUUCACAUUGCUCCCUCAGCUUGAGUAACCUAUAACAUGUCAUACUGGCACUAGUAGCGAAAUUGUUCAUUGCAGAGAUCUGUAUAUGCAGAUCCUCAGCUAGUCAUUGUAGUUGGUCCAAUGCAAAGAAAGUGCAAAUCAAACAAGACAAAAAUACACCUGGAAAAAUAACUUGUCCCUUUGUAGUCUUGGAAAAUAACUUGCUCAUCAAAAUAGCUUGCUUGAACUUUGAAACGUAUGGGAUAUUUUUUAUGUUUCUAAGUUUUGAAGUUUUCGCUUUAAAGAUUUAACCUAAAGGGUCGGUGAGUUUUCUAUCCCUUUACUUAAGGAGCUUUUUUCCUAUGGAAAGUAUUAUUGAUUUUGUUGUAAAGAGUGACCCAUGGGGGUCGAAAAACUUUUCUUUGCUUUCUGAUAUUAAACUAUUUGAGAUGCAAUACAAAAUUUGUAAUUUCUUGUACUUGUGAAGUUGAAUGAUAUCUUGAGUUGGAAAACUGAACACCCUGCAUAUGAAAUACAAUGUUACAGUGGUGCAUUUGAAAAUCAACGUUUAACAAAGCUAGAUGCAGAAUAUCCAAAAGUAUGAAUUGACCCAAUCUCAGAAGAACAUUCCCAAGUGCACCCAUCUGAAUUUGUCCAUCCUUUUAGUUCUGCUGAUUCAGAUAGCCACUUUGAACUGAAUUGUCGCCAGUAUUAUUUUUUUGCUGUGGAGAAGUGUCCGCUAAGAACUGAUUAAGACUAUUCAGACUAAUUUUUCAUAGAACCCUAAUAGCAGCAAUAGACUUUCAUUACCUCCAUCUGAAUUGGAAUUCAAUUAUUUGAGUUGAAAGGAAAAUGCAACAUGUGAAACUUCAGGAUAUCACCUUGAACUUGUUCCUGUUUAACUUGAAGAUCCGCCCCCACCCCCUGACCAUUUUUUUAUACAGACUCAAAUUCUAACUUCUUAUGACCCAUUACAACCUUUUCCUAAACAAUAUGUGCAAGAGUUGAUACAAAAAACAGGUUUCAACUCAUUAAAAUUAAUCAGUGUCCAUACUCAUGCCUGCAUGUUGUGUUUAUCAACCUAAUGUAGAAAUUACAAGCAGUAUUUGAUUUUGUGUCUGUGUAAUUAUAUAUAAGAUUGGCACUAGAACACAUUUCUACAUAUUCUACUCAUUAACAACUUCAAACGUUUUCAGGUUAUUGCUUAGCAUGUUAAGGAUUUGACACAGCUAUUAAAAAUUUAAUGCAGCUAAAAAUUCCUUGCCAAGAGCAGAGAGAGAGACACAACAUUGUGCACGAAUACAGAACGCAAAGGUCUUGAGAAGACUUUUGCUAGAUAGAGCCUUGAGACUUUUUACAACAAGCUGGAGAACACCUGCAGUCAGAAAAACGCAUUAUGUGAUCCUACAAGAAUUCUCAGACAAACAACCUUCAGAAUAUGUUCACAAUCGUUAUGUUAUUCUAAAAGCAAAAGGUUUUCUUUAAAUUAGGCUCUAAGAUAAACAUCUCAGUUAGACUUGAAUGACUGAAGAGUUGAGAUCUUAGCUGAGACAAAGAAACUACACUAUACUUUGUAACUAUAAACCUUGUUCAUUAUUUAUUUGAAUAUCUUACAUUUAUUUUUGGGUGGAUUUAUAUUUUAGUUGGAUUAGCUUAUUUUGCAUUUACACUUUGUAAUAUUGCAAUAAUUACUAUAAUGUAAUCUAAGAUUUAGGCUUAUAAUAAAGCAUUAUUAAGUAACCAUUA